AGUAUUACAUUUGACAGUUGUGACUUAUUUUUGUGUUUUCUAACCUAAGAAAUCGUUAUAAUCGGUGAUAUAAUAUUUAAACAGAAUGUCUAAUAGCAAUUUAUUCUUGAAAUCCGGCUUCGUUAGAGCGCCGCUACAAAACGGUGUCGGUCGUUAUGUCUGUCAGUUACAAAGGAUUGUUUUGAAGUUCUGUAAAAGUCAUGGAGGAAGUCGAGGAUUACGUGAAUACAUAGAACAGGAUCUGGUAGACUUUGCUUCAAGCAACCCGAGUGUGGUUGUUUACUUAAAGCCACGACGACAUCGGAGCCCUGUUGUUGUAGCUGAAUAUUUAAACGGUGACAGAGUAUGGAUGAGUAUGCACAACAAAACUCACUCGGAAAUCACAAAAUGGAUCGAAGUUCUCCGCACACAGCAGGGUGAUGUCUCAUCAACUAGACUACGAAAGUACCAAUAUACUGACUACCCUUCAGUUCAAGGUCCCUGGACACCGUUCACAUAUAAAAACCCUCAGUUAAAUGUAGCCGAGCUACCCAAUGAUGAAUUUGGUGCCAACAAUAGACUACCGAUGUCUGCUACUGAACAAUUAAAACUUAUGUUUGAGAAGAAACAACUUGAAAUCAAACCUAAAGAAGAAUAAGAUAGAAAUAAACACACUGUAGGUACCAGAGAUUCGAGAAAUAUAUAGAGGAGACAUAGUUGACGCUUGAGACAUUUUUCAUAAUCUCACUUGUGUAUUGAAAGUUAAAACCACAUGUCAAUAUAAUUUGGGUAAUUAUAUUGACAUGUGGCCUAAUUUGGGUCCCUUUCUCUUUACCACCCUUUU